AACAGUGGGUGAUUCAGUCGACGAAAACUUGACUUUUGGUGUAACGCGAGUGAUUCAGCCGCCAGGAGGCGAAAAAUUGUUUGUGAAUAAAUUGCCAAUUACUGUGCGAAAUAUUUACUAUUUUUGGCUAUAUUUACACUUUAAUAUCAAAAGAAAAUCAUUAGUGAAAAUUAUUUGAAAAAGAAAAAUAAAGAAAAUUAUCUCUGCUGCUUAUGCUCAACGGCGUAUGCUUUACGUGCUCGACACCCUUCGGAUUCAUUCGGGAUUCCAAUUCGACAAAGUGACAAUCACUCGGUUCCCUCAUUUCCGUCUCAUUGGAUCUUUUCUGAAUCAUUUUCUCUCCCAGCUACACACGUGCUCUGGUGGAGUUUUGAGAAAAAUAUCUCCGCACGAGAAAAACCAACUCACGUAGUGCCCACUUCGUUUUCAUCAGCCAUCUUGGGAUUUCAAUCAAAAAGUUCGACGAACGACGGCCCAUAUUCCAUUGUCUGGUGUAGAAAAACCAGAGAUAAAUUAAUAUAGUACAGUCGAAAUGGCGUUAAAAAGGAUUAAUAAGGAACUUCAAGACUUGGGCAGAGAUCCGCCUGCACAAUGCUCAGCAGGACCCGUUGGGGAUGAUCUUUUUCAUUGGCAAGCAACAAUUAUGGGACCGCCUGAUAGCCCGUAUCAAGGAGGUGUGUUUUUUCUAACAAUCCACUUUCCAACAGAUUAUCCGUUCAAACCGCCAAAAGUGGCUUUUACAACACGUAUAUAUCACCCGAAUAUAAACAGUAACGGAUCAAUUUGUCUCGACAUACUAAGAUCUCAGUGGUCACCAGCAUUAACUAUUUCAAAAGUUUUGUUAUCUAUUUGCUCUCUGCUCUGUGAUCCAAAUCCAGACGAUCCUCUGGUACCAGAGAUUGCCAGAAUAUACAAAACUGAUCGAGAAAAAUACAAUGAGCUGGCCAGAGAGUGGACAAGGAAGUAUGCUAUGUGAUGCGUUCCACGAGAAAAUAUGAUCCGUCAUAUAAUAAUAAUAAUGAAUCAUGGAAUAAUAUUAUUAUUAAUGCGACAACACAAGAAAGAACAACAAAAAUUGGCAUAUGAAUACGAUGGUGUGAACGGCAGCAGGAUUGAUAAUAAUAUUGAAAAGAUACAGAAUUUAAUGCAAUUUUUUUCUAUCUAAACUUUUUUUUCAAUUCUUAAAUUGCAUCAAAUAAAAUUUGAAAGAAAAAAAUUGAAAAUCUUUUUGAAGAAAAAAAUACCUUUUAUAAUAAACAAACUCACUUCUUUCCUCCGUUUUUCCUCUUUAGUUUUUUUUUCCUCUAAAUUAUUGUACAUGUUUUCAAAAAUUUCUGCGCACGGAGAUAGCAAAAUAGAAGAAAAGUCAAGAAAAAAAACAUCCUCACUUAGCAUAAAAAAUAUAUAUUAAAAAAAUAAUUAUUAAAAAAAGAAAAAUGGUAAAAAGACGUGUACGAACUUCAUUUUGUUAGGUUUUUUUUUUCUUUUCAAAUCCGUAUGAAAGUUAUUUUAGUUAGUUUAAAUAAUGUAUCCAGCAUUUAAGAAAAUAAUUAUGUAUAUUUAAAACAAAAAAACUUGAGCAAGAGAAAGAAAAUACCACCAAAAUAUACAAUAAAAAAAUAGUCAAAAUUUAAAACAAAAUGAUAUAGUUGUGAAAAACUCCUUUCUGAAAGAAACAAAAAAUAACUAUCUCUUCAAGGCUUUCUUCUUUUAUUCUUUAGUUUAAUUAAUUCACGCACUUGAGAGUGAGAAAAAUAAUUAUAUUAAAAAAAAUGAAUGUUAGGUACCAUGUGAAAAAAAAAGAAACAUAAUAGUCUUGUAAUAUGAACUGUGGUUAGUUUAUAUUGCAAUAGAUGAGCAAAUUAUUGCCAAAGUACCAUGUAAAAGCAUCGAAUUUUGUUUAGUAAAAUGGAAUUUUAUUUUGCUCCUUUUUUUUAAUUAUGAUAAUAGAUUUUUUUUAAAGACAAGAAAGAACAAUUUAGAUGGAAUAUAAUAAUUUUACAACAAUUGAAGAUAUAAAGAAACCCCUAAAUUAGUUUUAAUAUCGAAAUUUCUUUUAAUACCCUUUUCUAUGGAAAUAUGUAAAACAAAAAAUCUUUUGGCAAAUAUUUGGAAUUAUAAGUUUAAAGAAAAAUUAGUUUUUCCCUCCUUGAUACAACAAAAAACUUCUACAUAAAAGUUUGUAGUGUUGAAAUUGCCACAACUGUGUGGUGUGUCAACUUGCAAGAAAAAGUGACUUUUCCUUUUUAAAUUAUGCUAUAUCAUACAUUGUAAAAUAUAAAUUUUAAAUAUAAUAAUAAAGAAGAAAAAAAAUAUAAAUAUGUACUAGUGAUUGUGAACACGAAAAAUUUGUAAUUAGACCAUCAUUGCUCUAAAAAAAAUUACAUUAGAAAAAAACUUAUAAUUCUUAAACAAAAUAUUUCUACUGGAAUUACUGUAAAAUCACAUUUAAAGCAAAAAAAAAAUAUCAGAACAAAAUUCUUUUGAUGCAUAAAAGAAAAAUUGUUUGUGAAAAUAGGUAAUACAUUAAAUAAUAUAAAUAUUUUUAAAAUAAUUUAUUGAUUGGAGACCUUGUAGUAUUUUUUUUGUUUCUUUUAAUAUAUAUUUCUUUUUUUAUAUUUUUGCGGUACUUAUUGAGUAAAAAAAAAGUGAAAUUCGAAAUAAUCUUAUAAAAUAUCAAGUCAGUGUGUUUCUAUGAGGAAAAGGAGGUAAAUAAAGACAUUUCUUUUUUUCAAGAUAGGCAUUGACAAUUUGAGAUAAAAAAAAAAUAUGGCAAAAAAAAGUGGAAAGCGUUUUUCAUAUUCCUAUAUUUGUUGUUGGACUGCUCUAACUAAAUGUGUUGCAAUUAAAUUAGUAAUAAUAUUAUAGGAUGAAAACAACUGAUGAGAGAACAGGAUGAUAAAAAAUGGACGGUAAAAUAAAUGAGAGAAAAGGCAUAAAUUACAUAAAAAAAAUUGAAGUUCUUUUUGUAGUCGAAAUUAUUUCAAUUACAAACUCAAAAAAAAAAAUCGAUUGUCUUUUAUUCUACAAGAAAAAGAAAUAAAACAACAAAAAAAAAGAUCAGAAAAGCAGUAAUUUAAAUAAGUUAAUUUAUAUAUAUUGAAAUAAUACCGUACAGAUGAAUAAAAAAAAUGAGAAGGGAAUUUAUGAACCUGUAGCAUUGAUUUUUUUUUCUAAUUGAAUACACAUCUCUUUGUAUACAGAUAUUAAUAUUGCUGAAAAUUGGGCCAACUGAGUCGUAGGAAAACCUUUUUUUUUCUAAAAUAAUUAUUUAUUGUGUUAUUGAAGAAGAAACCGAAUAAAAUUGCAUUAAACUCUC